AUGUCGGGCUUUAUUACCACAAUAAACCCGCGCACGCGAGGACCGUUCAAGCCGCAGAAAUCGAAUCGAGGCACAAGCAGCUGGCAACUCAAACAAUAUGCAGAGGCCACCCUGGGUAGUGGGAGCUUGAGGAAGGCUGUCAAGUUACCUGAGGGCGAAGACAAGGACGAAUGGCUGGCUGUCAAUAUCGUCGACUUUUACAACCAGAUCAAUCUGCUGUACGGCUCCAUCACCGAGUUCUGCUCGCCGCAAAGCUGUCCAGAAAUGAAGGCCACAGACGAAUUCGAGUACCUCUGGCAAGACAGCGAGAACUUCAAGAAGCCCACCAAAAUGCCCGCCCCGGAAUACAUCGAGCACCUCAUGGCCUGGGUCCAGUCCAACGUGGACAACGAGCAAAUGUUCCCCAGCCGCAUCGGCGUGCCCUUCCCCAAAACCUUUGCAUCCCUCAUCCGCAACAUGUUCAAGCGCCUCUACCGCGUCUACGCACAUAUCUACUGCCACCACUACCCCGUCAUCAUCGAGCUCGGCCUCGAACCACAUCUCAACACGAGCUUCAAGCACUACGUUCUGUUCAUCGAUGAGCACGGGCUGGCGAAUGGGAGUAAGGACUUUUGGGGCCCGCUGGGAGACCUUGUCGAGAGUAUGCUGAGGAGCGAUUAG